AUGUCCAGGCGGACUAGUUAUGCGAGCUCCAUGCAUGAAAGGCGCAUCUCCAAAUUCCGGGUGUCGGACGAGGAGCUCAUGAAGUACGUCGCGAUACUGCUCGUGUUGCUGACCUACCAUAUGCAACCGAAGGUCCCGGACACCACGCCGGAAGCGGAGACUAAGGACUACUCUUUCAGAAUCUCAGGAGCACUCUCGAGUUCCAUCUUCUCGAUCGGGGAUCUUUUCAGAGAUGGAGAGAAGGGUGUGAGGUUCCCGAAGGACCUCUUAAAGGUGCUCGAGCAGAUGCUGCAGGACAUUGCGAUGGGCAAGAAUGCGGCGUAUUCUGACCAGCUAAUACGAAGAACGAUGGCCGUUUUUUAUGGUCAAGUCAAGGACGAGACUUUCCGACGUCAAAUGAAGGAGAACCGCAAGAUCGAGGAGCUUAUUCUCAUGUUCGCAACGAAUGCCACUAAUAUUCUCAAGAAGGAGCCUACGCUAGCAGGUGAUGGCUGGAAGGUUGAACUUAACAAUCACAUUGCUCAGUUCAUCCGUCUGCUUCGAGAGUGUCUGCGACAUGUCAGUCAUGUUCCUCCAGAGCUGACCGCCCGACUGGAUAUGUACACUGAAAAGCUCGCUCCAUCGCAAACUGCGAGUGACUCGGGAUACGACUCAUCCUCUACAUCACGAGAUCGCGACUCAAUGAGCUCAUUGUCGACUAAACGUAACAGUCAAAACCUCUCUGGGAUGCCAUUAGUGGUCACCGCCGCCCGGCUGUUCAAACUCCCUGAUUCUGCCGUGCAAAAGGAGAUUGAAGAGCUAGGAAGGGUUUGUACAGAAAAGGUAGGCUCCUACACUACGCUCUUGAAAAACAUCAAUGCUGGCACACAGUUUCCUGGCCGCCGGGAAGACUUCGAGAACGAUGCUGCCUGGCACUACUGGAAGACGCUCGAGACAUCCCACCUCUCGCAGCUCAUGGUCGCGAUGGUCCAACGCAAUCCGGAACUCGCCAAAUCACCCCCGGCCGACGCUCCAUCCUCAUCCAACGUGAAUGGUCGGCCAGGAUCCAUCUACUCCCUGCGGUCAUCACGGCCAGAUUCAUUCUAUGCUAUCUCCUCCUCCCGGCAUGGGUCGAUCAGUAGCCGCCAUUCGAUGGUGCGCACGAACAGCGUCUCGUAUGAUGACUUCGGCACGAUCAAGGAGGAGCUCCACGGUGACGGUGACGGUGACGACGACGAGGAGGCCCCGGUCACCCCGAACUACACGUUCAUCCCGCCGAAUUCGCGCAAAUACUACAAGCGGUUGCUGGAGUAUUGCUUGAUUGCGGACCUCGAGGCGAUGCUGAGUCCUGCGGUCGGCGACGACGAUGAGGUCUCGCUCGGCAUCCUCUCCCCGCCGCAUAUAGAGCUUAUCAACGAGUGUGCGCUGCGCUGGCGGAUCGGCCAGCCGUACCGUGCGGUGUGCUUCUUGGACCUUGUGAAGCAGUUCUACGAACGGAAUGAGGUCCCGCUCGAGUGCAUACCCGAGGCGCUGCAGAAUGUCCAGAAGGUAAUAAUGGAGGUCGAGCUGGAGAAAUGGCCAAUACAGGAUCGUGAAUAUUUGGCACAAGUAUACGGCAGCCUAUUCAGCAUCUUCUUAUCAUACCUCUAUCACGCAAUGGAGGCAAUCCCGAAUCUGAAACCAUCUGACAUUUCUCCCUACGUUCAAAUCCUCGAAUCCGUACGGGAGAGUGGCCUACUCGAGCAGUAUGACGUCGAUGUCGCUGCCCGCCUUGCUGAUGUGCAGAGUCAGGUACGCGCAGCGGCCGCGCGGCAUUAUGAUCAGAAGAGUCGUGAGCUGCAGUCGGCGCCGGGAGUGAAUAAGGCGCUCCCUCACCUGCUGAUGACUGAUGAGAUCGAGAAGGCUGCGAAACAGCUAGACAAGAGGUUCCCAGAGCCCCUUCUCGGGUAUGUGCAAUUGGACAUCGUUUCGCUGGUUGUGGAGGUCCAGAUACCGCAUUUUAUAUUGGACUUGGACGAUUCGCGAAAGAGACUGUUCGCCGACGCGAUGAAUGGUCCUACACCUGACGUGCCAAUUCAAGACAUAUUUGUUCUCUAUCGACGAACGAAGAUAUUGCUGGGAAUGUACAAAGCGUUUUGUCCAAACGGCGAGAUUCAAUUCGACCUGGGCGGAUUCUUCGAGCCAUAUGUGCGGCAAUGGCUCCUCAAUACGGACAACAAGACUACGCAAUGGGUGCAGGCAGCCAUUGCUGCUGAUAAAUUCCAACCUGAAGGUACGGAAGGACACAGUUCAUCGAUUAUCGAUCUGUUCGAUUCUUUACGAAGCCCAAUUACCUUCCUCGAGGACCUCGAAUGGGCCGAUGAAUAUCAGGAAGCGAGGUUCUACACAAGUCUGUCCAAGACAAUCAGCAAGGCAAUCGAGCAAUAUUGCCGCAGUGUCGAGGAGAUGUUCAUGGCAGAAAUGUUCCCACGGCCCACUGAUUACAUUCAGCCUCAAAAAUCCUCUGCGUGGCUUGAGAAAGCCAAGCAGUUGGCGACUCCGGGCGAGAAGAAAGUGGAGCCGUUCACGUUCCAGCCAGAGUCGUGUGUGAAGCUCAACAACGUCGAGGCCGCUCGUCGACUGCUGGAUAACAUGUACGCCCAGAUGCAGGCGGAUAAGAAGACAGAGAUCCUGCAGAACGCGCCGCCGGUGCCGGAGAAGACCGAACGCACGAAUCGCUUCCUAUUCACGGUGAAAAUCGUCAUUGCGGAGGGCCUGGUGCCUCUCGAUAGUAGUCCGUCUUCGAGGCUGGACACGUUCGUGACGCUCAGCGAUGAGCAGGGCAACCGGCUGGCUAAGACACGGACGAUCUAUGAGACGCUGAACCCGCGAUGGGAUGAAACGUAUGAUAUCUCAGUUGAGAAGCCGCUCUGGCUGAUGGUCAGCGUCCGCGACCGCGCGCUGAUUGGCAAGCAUGACACAGUGGGCCGAGCCUACAUUUGCCUUGACCCACGCCGCUACGGCGACUUCCUCACGCAUGACCAAUGGAUGGACUUGGAUUCGCAGGGUCGGAUACUCAUCCGUAUCAGUAUGGAGGGUGAGAAGGAUGAUCUGCAGUUCUACUUCGGUCGUGCGUUCCGUUCUUUGAAACGUGCGGAAAGCGAUAUGGUCCGCGUCUUCAUUGACAAGGUCUCGCCGUUCAUCCGACAAUGUCUGUCGCGAACAAUCCUCAAGACGCUUACGAAGACCAAUUUCGGUAGUAUCGAUUACAAUAAGGCCUUGGGCAAUGUGACUGCGCUGUUUGGCCAGGCACUUGGGUCGAACAACUCAGAAGUGCAGAUCCCGCUGCCGCAGUCGGAGAAGCCGCGCAUCCGGCCAGAGGCACUCUCAGACGUGGAGAUAGAACAGGCCAUCUUGCCGCUGUUUGACUACCUUGAUGCAAUCCUGCCGACAUUCAACACGUACCUCAGCGAGACGACGAAGGAGAUGGUCAUGACGAGAGUGUGGAAGGAGAUCCUGAACGUGAUCGAGGGUCUGCUCAUCCCGCCACUAUCCGAUAAACCGAGCGAAUCGAAGCCGUUGAGCGACAAGGAGGUCGACAUUGUGUUCAAGUGGCUCAAGUUCCUGAGAGACUACUUCUACGCCGGCGGAGAAGGUCCAGUGCCCCUCGAGGCGCUCCAGAACCAGAAGUACCGAGAUGUGCUCUCUAUUCGACUUUACUAUGACUGGCAUACCGAUGCUCUGAUGGAGGAGUGCGUGCGGAUGAUGCAGCAGACCCUCCGCGCGUCGCCGGGGUUGAAGAAGCGGGCCAAGAGCGUCUACCAGCAGCGCAACCUGGGCACGAUCAAGAACCGCAAGAAGGAGAAGCAGCAGGAGAAGGAGGUCAACAACGGUGAGACCAUCCUGCGGAUUCUCCGUAUGCGGCCCGGCUCGUCCGACUUCAUCUCACAGCAGAUGCAGGCCAUGACGAGCAUGCAGGCGGAACGCGAAGCGCGCGAGCAGGAGAAGGAGAGGCGGAAAGCACAGCGGCCACGCCAGAUGCAGCAGUCGCUGUCCGCGAUUCCUCCCGUGCCCGCCCUGCCUGCCGGCACCGUGUAG